AUGGUUGUCGAUACGUCAUACUACGAUGCCCUCGGCGUCAAGCCGACGGCGACGGACCUGGAGAUCAAGAAGGCCUAUCGCAAGAUGGCCAUGGUCCACCACCCAGACAAGAACCCCGACGACCCCUCCGCCCAUGAGAAAUUCCAGGCCAUAGGCGAAGCGUACCAAGUCCUCUCCGACUCCGACCUGCGCAAGGCCUACGACAAAUUCGGAAAAGACCAUGCCAAACCUCAAGAGGGCUUUGCCGAUCCCGCCGAAUUCUUCACCAGUAUCUUUGGAGGCGAUGCAUUCAUGGACUGGAUCGGCGAGAUCGGCCUAAUGAAAGAUCUUACCACCACCAUGGACAUCACUGGCAUGGCGGAAGAGGAGGAGGCGGCGGCGGCGGCAGCAGCAGCUGGCGACGACCCCGAAUUUCCCGGAACCUCAGAGGCCACCAAGGAGAGUAUGAAGACCACAGCAGGCGAGGGUGCGGGUGAGAGCGUGGGCGAGAAACAUGCGUCUCCACCAGCUGCCAAGGUGGAACAGGAUGCCGUGGGGGAGAAGUCCGCAACGACGACCGACAAACCAGCAGUGUCUCCUGGAUUAUCGCCUUCCGGCAAUGCUCCCUCGCGCACCUCCUCCCCUGCACCCGGUAGCGGUACAUCGACUCCAAACAAGUACAAGAUCCCGCUUCGACCUGCGAUCAUGGACCGUCCCUCGGACGAGACGACCAUGACCUCGGAUGCUCAGGGCGACUCGUCCCUGCACAAGAAGGAUAAGGACAAGAAGAAGGCCGGCCUUACCAAGGAGCAGCGUGAGAAGCUGGCCGAAUACGAGAGGGAGCGGGCACGCGUGCGCCAAGAGCGCGUGGACAUGCUUGCGAAGAAAUUGCUAGAUCGCAUAUCCGUGUGGUCAGAGACAGACAAAGGUGCCGACGUGACAAGGGCAUUCCAGGAGAAAAUACGGCUGGAAGUGGAGAACCUCAAGAUGGAGUCGUUUGGCCUGGAUAUCCUGCAUGCCAUCGGCCAGACGUACCUCGCCAAGGGCACAAACCUGCUCAAGUCGCAGAAGCUGUUCGGAAUUGGCGGGUUCUUCGGACGGAUGAAGGACAAGGGCACCAUCGUGAAGGAGACGUGGAACACCAUCUCGAGCGCUAUUGACGCACAGCAGACGAUGGAGGAGAUGGCACGCAUGGAGGAGAAGGGAGGUGAGGAGUGGAGUGACGAGAGAAAGAUGGAGUACGAGAGACGGGUCACGGGCAAGAUUCUGAACGCCGCCUGGCGGGGAAGCAAGUUUGAGAUUCAGAGCGUGCUGCGCGAGGUGUGUGAUGCGGUGUUGAAUGACAAGAAGGUUCCGCUCGCAAAGAGGCUGGAGCGAGCGCAGGCUAUGGUCAUCAUUGGCGAGAUCUGCGCGAAGGCUCAGCGGUCGCCCGAAGAAGAAGGCGACUUUAUGGCGUUUGAGCAGCUAGUGGCAGAAGCUACAAUCAAGAAGGAGAAGGAGAAGGAGAGGGAAGAGCGCAAGAAGAAGCACAAACACCACCACCAUUCAGAAAGCCCAACGGGCGAAACACCAGCCACCGCAUAA